GAACAGCCGACUCCAACAAUCAAUUGUGGCGCUGCUCGACCGAGUCAUCCAUGAUAAACACGGCAUCAUGACGUGGCCGUCUCCGAUUGGUUUAUCAAUGCUUUAGUCAUGGCAUGGUCAUCCAUGACGGUGGUCAUGACCAUCCCAAGAGAGCCAUCAAAAUGACAGAGAGGGGACGAGUCCUCAUCACUGCACCCAAGCCUCCUCCCUCCUGAUUUCAGGUUUCCUUGCCCUAAUUUUCUCUCUCUUCUUCCUCUUAUCUCUCUAGCCUUUCUAUUUAUUUCUCUCUCUGCAAAAUCCCCGCGAUUCCUCUUUGAUCGGCAAUAAUGGCCAAUGCGGCAUCAGGGAUGGCAGUCAAUGAUGAAUGCAAGUUAAAGUUCUUGGAAUUAAAAGCAAAGAGAACUUACCGCUAUGUAGUUUUCAAGAUUGAGGAGAAGCUCAAGCAGGUGAUUGUUGAAAAGCUCGGGGAGCCAACUGAUGGUUAUGAGGCGUUCACAGCAAGCCUCCCAGCAAAUGAGUGUCGAUAUGCAGUUUAUGACUUUGACUUUGUCACAGAAGAAAAUUGCCAGAAGAGCAAGAUUUUCUUCAUUGCAUGGUCCCCUGAUAUAGCGAAGGUGAGAAGUAAGAUGUUGUAUGCUAGCUCCAAGGACAGAUUCAAGAGGGAACUUGACGGUAUUCAGGUUGAGUUGCAAGCAACUGAUCCCACUGAAAUGGGCCUGGAUGUUAUUAGAGGUCGUGCCAAUUAGACCCAUGUUAUUGGGGUUAUUUAGCAUGCAUUGCAAAUCGUCAACAAGGAGAUUCCCUCCCUAUAGCUUUGGUUGCAUAAGUGAAGUGUUUACAGUUUUAUUGGAUGGUGGUUUUGGAUAGAUGAUAUGGUUUGGUAUUUGAGUUUACAAUACGGGUCUUCUUGUUUCUAGUUAAGACAGCGUGAAAAUUCUUGUGUAUGGAAUGCAUUUUAGUAUUUGUGAAACCUGCGUGACGAGUGGGCCCUUUUGUGGCAUGCUGCCAUCAGUCAAAUAUCUUCAAGUUGUUAAUGAUCUUAAACUGUUUGUGGGUUAGACAGGACCUGUAGUUUGUUUGAUUAUCAACGAAAUUUGUGUUUGACCUUCAACCA